AUGUUCUGGCAUUCGAGAAUGUAUACAAUGAGGUAUCCGGCAGACCAUGUCCCGUACCUGCAUUCUGUCCUGUCCCUCCUGAAAGUCAACGAAAUUUAUUACAUCCAGAUCUUCUCGAAGCCGCCCAUGUUCCCACCCCAAAUGACUGACUCGCCUCUUCCGUUGAUCCGUUUGUCUUCACUUUCCGACACUACCAGGAGGAACAGGGGUAUUUUCUUCUGGGCCUGCACGAGAAUACGAAUUUCUCGCUACCGAGUCGCUUCUUACGUUUCGGAUGAGCACCCACUCGACACGGGAAAGAAGGCAGUUCGCGGAACUUCAGGGGUAGUAGAUGCCUUUGAUAUCAGGCAGGCCGUACUCAACCUUUGCUCUGCUGGAGGAGACAAGAGGGAAGGGAACCGAGAAGGGAAAGUGACCAAGUACGCGCGAACUUGGAUAUUUUUAUCUACUUCGGGGGUUCGCCGCUAUCUCCCCCAAUGCGAUCAAGAUCAUGCCGGCUGCACACCCACUAUUCCUUUCCCUGGACGCCACAAAGCGGAGGUCGCAGGACUCGAAGUUGCACGACUUUUGCUCUGAGACGCCAGAAUGGAGAGAGAGAGAGAGAGAGAGAGUUAAUCUCCCAUUGCUCAAGAUGGGGAGAUGGCUGCGGGGAAGAAUGUAACCCUAGUUUGAGAUCUUACGAGCCGA